AUGCUAACACCCGGCGCCCUAGAUGUACGAGAGGUUGACCGAGAUACACUGGAACCUAUUCUCUUCCUGUUACAAAGCCCCGAUAUCGAAGUUCAGAGAGCCGCCAGUGCCGCCCUAGGCAACCUUGCCGUCAACACCGAGAACAAGGUCAUAAUUGUCCAGCUCGGAGGAUUAACACCGCUCAUCCGACAGAUGCUGUCGCCAAAUGUUGAGGUCCAGUGCAAUGCCGUAGGAUGCAUCACCAACUUGGCCACACAUGAGGAAAACAAGGCCAAGAUUGCACGGUCUGGUGCCCUGGGCCCGCUGACGAGGCUUGCCAAAUCCCGAGAUAUGCGUGUGCAGCGGAACGCCACCGGUGCUCUCCUCAAUAUGACACAUUCUGAUGAGAACCGACAGCAGCUCGUUAAUGCCGGCGCUAUUCCAGUCCUAGUUCAGCUCCUCUCCUCUCCCGAUGUUGAUGUACAGUACUACUGCACUACCGCCCUCAGCAACAUUGCCGUCGACGCCAAUAACCGACGAAAGCUGUCGUCCACUGAACCUAAACUCGUCCAAUCCUUGGUCCACCUCAUGGACUCCUCGUCCCCAAAAGUCCAAUGUCAGGCAGCGUUGGCCCUGCGAAACCUUGCGUCCGAUGAAAAGUACCAAAUCGAGAUUGUCCGAGUCCAAGGCUUACCCCCGCUCCUUCGUCUCCUUCAGUCAUCUUACCUUCCCUUGAUUCUGUCCGCUGUUGCUUGCAUACGAAACAUCUCCAUACACCCGAUGAAUGAAUCGCCCAUCAUCGACGCCAACUUCCUCAAGCCACUGGUCGACUUGCUCGGAUCCACCGACAACGAAGAGAUUCAAUGCCACGCCAUUUCAACAUUGCGCAACCUGGCAGCUAGCUCAGACCGAAACAAGGCUCUGGUAUUGGACGCCGGCGCUGUCCAGAAGUGUAAACAGCUGGUGCUUGAUGUGCCGGUGACGGUACAGUCGGAAAUGACGGCUGCCAUUGCAGUUUUGGCUCUAAGCGACGACCUCAAGUCACAUCUUCUCAAUCUAGGAGUGUGUGAUGUCCUCAUUCCCUUGACUCAUUCGCCAAGCAUUGAGGUUCAAGGCAACAGUGCUGCUGCCUUGGGUAAUUUGUCCUCCAAAGUCGGCGACUAUUCAAUCUUUGUUCAAAAUUGGAACGAUCCAAAUGGGGGAAUACACGGAUAUCUUAGUCGUUUUCUGCAAUCAGGUGACGCCACUUUCCAGCAUAUUGCAGUCUGGACCUUGCUGCAAUUAUUCGAGUCCGAAGACAAGACUUUGAUCGGCCAUAUUGGCAAGGCCGACGACAUUAUUGAAAACAUCCGAGCUAUCGCAAACCGACAAGUCGAAGCUGAGCCUGAGUUUGAAGAUGAGGAUGAAGGAGAAGUGGUUAAUUUGGCUCAACGUUGCCUGGAACUGUUGGGUCAGAGCAUGUCUAAAGCCCACAUCGAGGGCUAA